AUGAUUCUAAUUUUGUCUGUAGAAAAUAUAGCUUUGGGUAAAGAAACAAGACAAAGUUCAAUCUAUACUAACAAAGGACGAAAGAAAAGUGUAUCAUCAAAUGCUGUAGAUGGUAAUACUGAUAGUGAUUAUAGAAGUGGAUCUUGUACACAUACUAAAAAUCAUAAAGAUCCAUGGUGGUGUGUUGAUUUACAGUCAACUCAACAAUUUCAAUCUAUUAUACUGUAUAACAGAAAAACUAACAAGGGAAGAUUGAAAGGAUUCUCUAUAAAAGUGAGUGAAACUGGAGAAUGUAAUCAAAGUACAUUUGAAUCUAAUCAAGUUUGUUAUAAAGAUAUAAGUUCUAGGUCAGAAGAUAUUUAUAAUUGUAAUAUUACAGAAGGACAGUUUAUAUUUAUUACAGUACCAACUGGUAUUGUUUCUGUUUGUGAAGUUGAAAUACAACAAGGUGAUUUAUUACAUUAUAAUAUCGUUAAAUUAAUUGUUCAUGUGUUCGUUAUUAAUAUAUGA